CGUCCCGACCAGUAAAACACGUGGGUUGACGAACAGAAACUAGGACGAGACUGGAUCAGGUCAUAGUGUGACAGAGCUGAAGAAGAUGAAGAUCUAUUUUGCUGGCAGUAUCCGUGGCGGCCGUCAGGAUGCUGAGCUUUACCUGAGAAUUAUAGGAAAGCUAGAGUCCUAUGGUACAGUUCUCACAGAACAUGUUGGUGCACAAAAUUUGAAAGAAUCAGGUGAACAACACUUGACAGAAAAGGAGAUUCAUGAUCGUGACAUGGCAUGGCUUCAAGACUGUGAUGUGUUGGUGGCAGAGGUGACCCAGCCCUCACUUGGAGUUGGUUAUGAAAUUGGACGAGCAUUGACAUUAAAUAAAAGGAUACUGUGCUUGUUUCGACCAGACUCUGGAAAAAGCUUAUCGGCCAUGAUUGCUGGGGCAGACACUGGUUCAUCCACAUUUGUGGUGAAAAAUUACAAAGAGGAAGAUGUUCCAACUAUAUUAAGUAAUUUUCUCAAUUAAUUGGAGCUGCAAAGAUUUUUCAGAUUUCACUAAUGGUGCUUACUGUUCAUAUUUCCAGCGAUGAACCUUGUACAUAUAUUAGACUACUGGUUUUGGUAUAUGAAUAUAUUCGGGAUCUAUACAUGUGGCAAUGUGAACUGCUAAUAGGGAAUUAUUUAAACAGUUUCUGGAAUGAAAUUUGAUAAAAUGUUUUAGAUAAUUAGGGCAUACAUAUUAAUUAACACGUUUAAUUUCCCCUUAUAAAUGUAUAACCUUGCUAUUUGCUGUCUUUUAUUGAUGAUGCUGUAUUGUUCUGAUACACAGCUGAUAUUUACGAUUUGGGCAUUAAUGUUUACACUUCAUAAUAGUCUAAGCCCAUUAUAUGAUGAGUACUAUUAUCCUAGACAGUGGUAACCAGAUACGACAUUCAUUAUAGACCGGUAUCAUGUGCUUUAAAAAAGAAAAACAAAUUCACCCUUUUUUAAAUUUUGUUUUCAUUUUGAUAGAUUGGCUUAUUCCUUAUUCCUUAUUUGUCAAUAGCAAAAAAGUCUUGUCAAAUCAUAACAGAUGUUACAUCUUAUAACCAGAUGAAAAUGACAACCUAGCUGUUAUUGUUUUUACCAGAUGUUAAUUCACAAGUAGAUGUGACCAAAUCUGCACCAGAAAUUUCAGAAUCUUUUUCCCAUUAUCAUGUUUGUAUACUCCAAUACAGUACCUAGGGAUUUCAAUGUUUUUAUUUUAUUUCAAAUUAAUCAUGAUGUUUGAAUUAUUCCAGGAUCUUGUAUGUUACUUAACAUUUCUUAUACCACAUAAUAAUGUAUCAACAAAAGUAGAUUAUAGACAUUCCUUGCUGUUGAGGAUGCUUAAAUUAUUGUAAUUCAUUAAACAAUUUACCAAAAUAUUAUAGACAGAUGCCUGACUUUCAGAUGUUAACAUAGUGGUAGUGCCAGUAAUUAAAUUAAGUGAUGAUAAAUAAAAAUAGUUUGUUCUCGGGCCCUCCCUCAUCCGCUUUGAAGUAAAAAACAGACCCUCAUCUCAUAUAUUUUUCCUUGUUUAAUAAAAAAAAAUCCACUUUAUUCUUUGGGAGAAGAAUUUGUUGAUAAAAGCAUCACUAAUAUCCAGCAAUAUUUAUAAUAUUUUACCAUGAAAUUAGAGCAAAUGUUCAUUAAGGUGAAACAAAGUACUGUUAUAAAUUAUCGAUGCCCAAAUUUUCAAGCAGAUUAUAUCAAAAUGGAUAAUGAUUGGGUUGAAGUUUUAUUUAAAAAAAAAAAAAACUCAUCUGUUUUUUUCACCAAUAAAAUGAAGAAGAACAAAUUAACGCCGGCCUCUAUCAUGUCUUUGAAUCAAAUUUGGCAAAAGAACCAAUUAAUUAUUUUUUAGCCUUAGUGACAUAAGUAAAUAUAUGUAUAAAUGUACAUUUUCUGUUAUUCAAGGGACUCCAGCAGCAUUUUCAAAGGAAAUAAUCUCAUUUGAUAUUACCAGUAUAAAUACAAAUAUAAAAAGUGUAGAUAUACCAAUUAAAAUGUGUUCAUGUAUGUAGCUAUCUUGUAGUGAAAUUUAAAUAUAAACAGAGGACAUCAUGGAAACACAUAGGAAGAUAUCCAUAAGUAGCGAGCAAGUCUUGAUAAAAGUAGGUAGGUAUCGAUAACUACCUGACAAGGCUUGUCAAGCUUGAUAAAAGUGAGUAGGUAUCGAUAACUACCUGACAAGGCUUGUCAAACUUGAUAAAGGUAGGUAGGUAUCGAUAACUACCUGACAAGGCUUGUCAAACUUGAUAAAAGUGGGUUGGUAUUGAUAACUACCUGACAAGGCUUGUCAAACUUGAUAAACGUGGGUUGGUAUUGAUGAUGUGUUGAGCAGAAACAUACUGAUAUAAAAUGAUAUUAAGAAGCCUUUUUGGUGCUCUGCUUUAAAAGAAUUACUGUUUUCUGGUUGUUUCAUUGUUUACACACAUCGAUAUGAUUGUUUAUAUUCAUCUGUAAUAUGCACACCCUCGGGUCUUAGUUUGACUGAUCGUUUUGGAGGUCGUUGUUUGUUUGAUAAUGUCAUGAAUUUUUUGAUUGGUGACAUUUGUUGUAAAUAUCCAAAGCUGAUGAUAGUCUGUGUCGUGGUGAUGUGUACCCACACCAGACUUUAUACUGCAGAUUUUGUUACAAGUUGUCGCUCGGAUGAGUUUUUUUAGUAUUACUCAUUUACUUACCACGUACAUACUAAUAGCGGUAUACCCACACGUUAUAAAUUACCCUGUAUCAAUUAGUAAAGUGCGUCUGUGUCAUAUGUACCAUCAUCACUACAUCAGGGACUGUAACCAAAUAUCCAAUAUGACGGUUUGGUUUUGUGUGAGUUUGAUAGCUACCAGAUCGGAUACAUGUAACAAUCCAAUCUUUAUGGCAGGAGAUGUCUGAAUGGAUCAGCAACUGUAGAAAUUAUGAAAUCAGAGAUCUUUUAAUUAAUCAUAUACAAUUUGUUAUAACAGGGCAUUAUAAGCAUAUGGAAAUUGGAAUAGAUGAAGUAAAGACUAAGAUAUACCUAUCAUUUGCUUUAUAUAAAUAUUGAAAACUUCUAGAGCAUAAUGUUUGAUCGGAUCGGUUUUGCAAACUAUCAUGCAUGUAUAUAUGUAAGGAAAUGCGUUUCAAUAAAUGUUCAAAUGAUG